AAAAAAAAUAUCCACGGCAGACGCAAUAAACAGUGACCUUAUGCAAUGUUGUGGUAGAAAUAUGAAAUUCGGCUAGUUCACAACAACCGUAUCCAGCACAGAAAUGAACGCACUGGUGCACAGGCGUGUGGGAUUAUCCAUUGCGUCCUUAGUUCAUCGUCGAUUGUUGUCGAAUGCCGCACCUGAUACAAGUUCCGUGCAAUUGAGCAAUACCUGUAUUAGCCGCUUGAAAGAGAUUUGCAAAACCAACUCUUUUCUUCGUGUAACAGUUGAAGGAGGUGGAUGUUCCGGCUUUCAGUACAAAUUUUCUGUCGAAAAACAACUUAGUGACGAUGAUGUUAUCGUGAGUCGCGACGGUGUGCAGGUGGCCAUCGAUAAUGCAUCGAUCGAGUAUCUAAGUGGAGCCACCAUUGACUACCACACGGAACUGAUACGUUCUGGAUUUCGUGUGAUCAACAAUCCAAAGGCAGAUCAAGGCUGUUCCUGCGGUGCUUCGUUUACUGUGAAACUGGACUAAAGGCAAUGGGUGUAAAACUGCAUGAAAAGAAGUACUGUGUUAUAGCAAUGUAAAAUAUAAUAAACUCGCGUUCAA